AUGCAGCCGUUCUCUAGCUGCUGUUUUCUGCCUGCAGCGCUGCGCUCUCCACAAGGCACGGGGGACCGACCCAAACCUCAACUCGAUGGCCGCAUCUUAGGUGGUGAGCCAGUGGACAUCUCGCAAUACCCAUGGCAGAUCUCACUGCAGGUGUUCGGUUACCACAGCUGCGGCGGUUCAAUCAUCAGCCCUACGUGGGUCCUGACAGCAACGCACUGCGUAGCCCGUGCUGGCGUAAACUACGUGGCUGUGAGGGCUGGUUCCUCAGUGCAGGACAGCGGCGGAACCAUCUACAACGCUACCAGCGUAAUUGCGCACGAGAAGCACAACUCCACCUCGCAUGACUACGACAUUGCAUUCGCUGAGCUUUCUGGAUCAUUCUCCUUUGACAGCUACGUCCAGCGGCGAGUGGUCACGGACGACGGUGCGAGGGCACGCAGUAGCAGUGGCAGCCGCAGCGGACACUGCGGGGUCGCAGACGACACAGAGGCGAUGCAGCAGCACCGGCGACGACGGGCAGCGGCGUUGGUCACACGCGGCCCUAGAGCGGGCAGCAGCGGCGACAGUGCAGACAGACGCACCAAGUCGCAGGCGGCGCGCGAAAGCAGUGUCAGCAGUGAGAAUUCCAACGGUGAGUUAAAAGAAUAG